ACAAGGUCACAGUAGUGGUUGAAUCUGUACAACUACUGGACCUCUCGCUGUAUGUCCCCAGUGUAGGAAUGUGGGUGUCCACACGGAGGUUUCAGUAUUCUGCAUGCAGAGGGAAGUCUUUGUGCUUGUUGCCCCUGCAGUGAGGAGGAGGUUACAUCAAGGGAAGAACAGGAGGCGACCCCAGGUAUAUACCACCAUGAGUUCUGACAGCCUUCCAACUAUCCCAGAGAGUCAACGCAACCACAUUCAGGAGCUGAGCCUGGGAUCGAACCUACAACCCCGUACAUCAGAGGUCCCCAACAUAUCCAAAAAGAUAGAAGCCUUCAAGAAGGAUGUGGCGGCAAAGAAGAAACCUCCAGCAGAUUAAAGAAGAGAUUGUUUCUUUCGAUCCAUGUUGAUCAGAGGCAGAUUGAAGAGAUGGGGACUAUUGGAACAACAAAAUGCACACAGCAAAGGACAUAUAUUUUUUCAUCUAAUUUAAUCCAAGGUUACACGGGCAGAGGAAUAAAUUGUAAAAAUGAUUCUCUAAUCAGGGUUUUUUACAGUGCCUGGACUGGUCCAGUGUUAUUUUUUUGUUUUUUAUUCUUAAAGUGUUUAGCUGCAUUUUAAAGAUAAUAUUAUGGGGGUUCUAUUUAUGGUGGAUAUGUGAAGAUGACUAACUGCUGUGGGAUCUAAUAAACUUCAGAAACCUUGGCCUUAUCCUCGCAAGCAGCUGGGCAGGGCAGGCCUUUGGGUGGGGUACUGGCAAUUGCAGUUAUAUCAAGUCUAAACAUGGCAUUUUUACAAUAUACGCUUGUCAUUUUUGCCAACUAAACAGUGCAGUUACUGCUUUUGAGUGAUGUUAUCUAGAAUUAAACUGGGAGGCCUGUUCUAUGGAUUUUAUUUCUGUGGGUAUUUGAGAAUGAGUCACUCAUGUAAAUUGCAUUGUUUGGCGUCUAUUCUAAGCUAAAUGCUGUUCUCUAACAUCGUAGGCCUAAUUCAGAUGUGCCUAAUUCUGUUCAGCCUGCAUUAAUACAUUUGCUGAUGUUG